AUGGCCAACAAGAUCGGCCAUGGCCUGGCCAAGGUCCUGGGCAUCAAGCUUGACCGCCCAGAGAACGAAGAGAUGUUGCGCGGCGAGUCCGUCUUUUCGGUUCAGUCCUCAGAUACGUUUGUCGAGGCGGAGCCGACAACAGCAGAGUGGUUCCUGGAACUGGUCCCUACCGGCCAAGAAUUCCUCGAAUACAUCCGCUCUCUGUUCCCCUUCCUGAACUGGAUUGGUCACUACAACUUGCAGUGGUUCAUGGGUGACCUCGUUGCCGGUGUCACUGUCGGCGCUGUGGUAGUCCCCCAGGGCAUGGCCUACGCCAUGCUCGCGAAGCUUGAUCCCGAAUUUGGUCUCUACUCAUCCUUCAUGGGUGUUAUCCUCUACUGGUUCUUUGCCACUUCCAAGGAUAUUACUAUUGGCCCUGUGGCUGUUAUGUCAACUGUCGUCGGUAACCUCAUCACCGAUGUCCAGUCAGAGUUUCCUCAGUACGAAGGCCACCAAAUCGCAUCAGCAUUGGCAAUCAUCGCCGGUGCCAUCAUUCUGUUCAUCGGUCUGAUCCGUAUGGGAUGGAUCGUCAACCUGAUUUCUCUCACGUCGCUCUCCGCCUUCAUGACCGGUUCAGCCAUCAGCAUCGCCGUCGGUCAGCUCACGACUUUAAUGGGCAUCAAGGGUGUCAACACACGCGAAGCCACCUACCUGGUCUUCAUCAACACUCUGAAGAACCUUCCCAAGACCAAGAUGGAUGCCGUCAUGGGCUUGACUGCGCUGACGUGGUUGUACCUCCUCCGAACCGUCUUUACCACAGCGGCAAAGAAGUAUCCUCAGAAGUCGAAGCUGUUCUUCUUCCUGUCAACACUGCGAACAGUCUUUGUUAUUCUGCUGUACACCAUGAUCAGCUGGUUGGUCAACAUGCAUAGGCGCGACAACCCCAUGUUCAAGAUUUUGGGAUCAGUUCCAAGAGGUUUCCAGGAUGUCGGUACCCCGAAGAUCGACACUGACCUCAUCAGCGCCUUCCUGCCCUUUCUCCCCGCCAGUGUCAUCGUCCUGGUUAUCGAGCACGUCGCGAUUUCGAAGUCUUUCGGCCGUGUCAACAACUACACUAUCAACCCCUCGCAGGAGUUUGUGGCGAUUGGUGUUACCAACGUGAUCGCCCCCUUCCUCGGCGGCUACCCUUCUACCGGAUCUUUCAGUCGUACAGCCAUCAAGUCCAAGGCUGGUGUCAGGACCCCUUUUGCCGGUGUCAUCACUGGUCUCAUCGUCUUGCUCGCCAUCUACGCUUUGACGUCUGUCUUCUUCUAUAUUCCCAGCGCAUCUCUGGCCGCUGUCAUCAUUCACGCUGUUGGAGACUUGAUCACGCCACCCAACACUGUCUACCAGUUCUGGCGUGUUUCUCCGUUCGAGGUUCUCAUCUUCUUCAUCGGUGUCUUCGUUACCGUCUUCUCCUCCAUCGAGAACGGCAUUUACGCUACCGUCUGUAUUUCCGCCGUCCUUCUCUUCUGGCGCAUUCUUAGAGGUCAAGGUCGCUUCCUCGGCAAGGUCAAGAUCCACUCCGUUAUCGGUGACCACGUCAUUGGCGAGGACCACAGACAGGUCGUUGGCGAGUACGGCACCUUCGACGCUGGUGACAACGCCGCUCGCAACGUCUUCCUCCCCAUCGACCACGGUGACGGCACAAACCCCGAGGUCGAGCUCGACCAGCCUUACCCCGGCAUCUUCAUCUACCGCUUCUCCGAGGGCUUCAACUACCCCAACGCCAGCCAUUCCCUCGAGUACUUCACUGAGUACAUCUUCGACCGCACGCGUCGCACCAACCUCGAGGCCUACGGCAGCCUCGGCGACCGCCCCUGGAACGACCCCGGCCCGUCCCGCAAGGCCAAGAAGGCGGCCGCCCAGAUGGCCGCCUCCGAGCACAAACCCACCCUCAAGGCCAUCAUCCUCGACUUCAGCUGCGUCAACAACGUCGAUCUCACCUCCAUCCAACAACUCAUCGAUGUCCGCAACCAACUCGACCGCUACGCUGCCCCGAACAAGGUCAACUGGCACAUCGCCUGCAUCAACAACCGCUGGACCAAGCGCGCCCUCGUCGCCGCCGGCUUCGGAUACCCCGCCGACCGCGGCGACGGCCUGCAGCACAGGUGGAAGUCCAUCUUCAGCGUGGCCGAGAUCGGUGGCGCCGAGUCCGCCGCCGCCGUCGCGGAGAAGGAGGCCAACGAGAAGGAGAUGUCGUCGCACGCAAAGGCCGCGAGACAGGCCGACGAGGAGACGGGUAAGGCCGGUGGUGUCUACGACGACAUCGACCCCGUGUCAUCGUCGGGCAUGCACCACGAGCGCGGCGGCGGCAAGGAGCUGAGCCCCAGGAGGAGAGGUGUCGUCGUGCACGGUCUGAACAGGCCGCUUUUCCACGUCGACCUGACGAGCGCGUUGCAGAGUGCGAUUGCGAACAGUGAGAGGGAGGAGGUCGAGCCCGGGCCCAAGAGCCCGGAUACCUCUAGCGAGUAG